AUGAGUGUGUUAACGUCCUCUACACAAUGCGCCAGGAAAAUCUCUCCCAGGACAUCUCUGCCCGUACGAUUUCUCUCAUCCGCCCCCCAAGCUCGUCGCCCUUCUCCCUACCGCCUCCUCCAGCCCCAAGCCUUUUUCGCCGCCUUCGCCCCCUUACAUGUCCGCGGAUGGCGUCUCGAGUCACUCAAGUCAGGGACACAGCUUUCAGAAGAGGGAAACCUGGAUGAUACGAUUGAAGCGCAAUUGUACAAGGGAGAUUUGCAAGGCAGGAGACUGGUGAGGGUCUUUGAGAUGGGAGAAGGCAAAGAGGGCUGGCGAAGGGUUGGGGAGUUUUUGCGAAUGGCGGGGACGGCUGUUGAGGAGCAAGAUCACCACCCUACAAUACACAUAUCCCCUCUGUCCGACUACGCCCCUCCCUCCCCUACCCUAAUAUUUCCUCAGUCCCAGUCAGACUACAUCAUUGAGCUUUCCACCCACACCCAUACGCCGCUACCGCCGUAUCCCCAGCCAACGAAGGGCGGGGCGAAAAUGAGCCCAGGAGUCACCUCAAAAGAUGUGGCGUUGGCCGAGAGAGUAGAAGGGAUCUAUGAACAAGUGGUGGGAAGUGCAGUCGAGGUGAAGAGGGAGCAUGAGGGUCUAUAG